AUGCCACGCCAGCGACUGGACGGCACAAGUGGCCCAGACAAACCCUCUGUCACUAAACCUUCAGCGGAGCCGGACGGCCCUCCCGCGCUGCCCCCGGCCGAGACCCCGCGAGGGAAGGACGAGGGCCCCUGGCCGGAUGACGUGACUGACCUCGGCCAUUCGGAGGUGUUCGACGACUCCCUCUCCGACUCCCGGAAGCAGGGGAAGGACACGCCGAUAAAGGAAAAGCCUGCCGAACCGAGCGCGCCGAAACAUGAACACAAAAGACACGAGAGGGAAAAGGACAAGAUGCUGGAGCGGGAUUACGAGUCCGCCCCGAGGAGUCCUUACUCGAGGUCCAAACACAGGCACAACUCCUACCCUCAGGGAGCCAGAGACGAGGACAAGAACAGAGUCCGAAGGGAGAACCACCGGGCGGCGGCGGGGCAGAGCAGGUCCUCCAGGAAGUCCCAAGAGAGGAAGCACUCGGAUGAAUCGAGCCACCGGGAGUCGCCCACGAAAGCCAAGUCCGGCUACAGACACGGCAUCGUUGACUCUCCCCGGAGCAGGAGGAGGAAGGGGUCCAGCGGCCAGGCUGGCAAGCUGAAGGACAAGAUGCCCGAAGAGUGUGUGCAAGAGUUGAACGAAGUCAUUCACCAAAAGGACCUGAAAAAGAAGAAGUCGCCCAAACCCUCAGAAAAGGCCGACCACCACCAGACAUCCGGGGAAACGGAGGCGGCGUCGCGGGCCGGUCCACAGAGCCGCCACCGACGCGAACCUUCCAUCUUCAAGAUGGACGACAUUCGCAGGAACUCGAACGAGAAGCCGAAGAACGGAACGCAGGCCGGCCAGCGUCGGAGCAGCUCGGACGAUUCCCAGAGCAUGCAGUCAAUACCAGUGAUUAAGAUCAGUAAAGAAGACAGCGUGGAAAGGUCUCUCCAGCAAGCGCGUCUGGAACGCCAGGCCAAAACCGUGGAGGAAGACAGCGACUCAACCAGCCAGCCUCUCACGGGCACAGUCGUACCCAAACCCACAGAAAGGAAGACGAAGCCAAAGCCCAUAGAAACCGAUCUGGACGCGGCCCUGGCUGAUCCUGGCACCACAUGUGACACGGCGGCCUUGCUCGGGGAUCACUCGGAGGUGGCGCCAGGAACGCCGGGCAAGGAGUCGAAGGCCAAGGGCGAGGAGGAGCCAGAUGAUCCGAUCAGUUCUGACGACGAGGCUACUCUCCUGGAUAACAACUGAUUUGCUGGAUAUUUCACAGUUGUUGUGAAAAAGCACUUAUUUUUUAUCAUGCACAUACACUCAUAAAUUCCUUGCACAUAAGAGCGAAUACACAUUAUACCUCCACGUAUGAAUACAUCCGCACAUGCAAACAUACAAAUGACAGAGACAAAGACUGACAGAUUGACAGACAGUCAGACAUUGGCACUCAGAUGCAGACAUACAGAAAAAGUGCACAGAGAGAGAGGUACAUACACACACACACAGGUACAUAGACACAGAGAGGUACACAAACACAGACACAGAGAGGUACACAGACGCAGAUACAGAGUGGUACACAGAUGCAGGCACAAAGAGAGGUACGCAAACGCAUAGGCGGAUAGAUUGACAGACAGACUCAAAGAGAUAUAGAGACUGAUGGACAGGUAUAUAAAAUCACACACACACACACACAAACUCUCUCU